AUGUAUAGAGCGACGGGGUUAAUGCGUCAACCGAAAGCCUUCACGGGGCUUGCAAGGCUCGCACGCUUUUAUUCCGAGAUCCCUGCUGAAGGGAGUUACGAGAGGCUUGUGUAUGAUAAAUUGGCCGCCAAACUUGCGCCACAGGAGCUGGUAGUAAAAGACGUUUCCGGCGGAUGUGGGUCUAUGUUUGCGAUCAAAGUUGUUAGCGGCGAAUUCAAGGGCAUCCCCAUGGUUAAGCAGCACCGUCUCGUGAAUGAAAUCCUAGCAGACGAGAUUUCGAAAUGGCAUGGGCUUCAAUUGCGCACUCAGGCCCCUAAAUAA